GGUUGCUAGGCAACUGUAGGAGAAAUUCCCUCACACCUAGAAGGAGGAGAGCAGGAACACUCAUGCGCUCCUAGUAAGACCCAAGGGAAUCACUACUCCAUGGCCUCCAAGUCUCUUUCCCAAUGACAAAUGGGCACUUGCCCUAGAGAUUCCUUGUAUGACCUUUUCCUGCAUGGGACCCUUUUCUGAUGGGAGGAGCACCCGGAGGAAGGGAUGGGGUGCAAAUUCUUUUGAUCUCCUAUUAGUACCAUAGUUGUCAGUGGAAAUAAAAGAAGCACCAGUUUGUCACUGCUCUGCUCCUUCCAGGAAAUAAAAUGGACCCCUCCCUUUAAAAAAGCGAUUCUGUCCUUCAGCUGCUCAUGUUCUUCAACAGAACUGAGCCUUUAAAGCAGAACCAUAAAAGUGUGACGUACCUUCUACCCUGUAUUUCCUUAGGACUGGUGUAUAUGUACAUUCUGGUUGGUUGGCGGCAUAUUAACCCCUCAUAUGCUGUUGUUUUGCAGACUGGUGAAAUUGGUGAAGAAUGGACAGAUCUGCAAUAUAAUACAGAAUAUGAAUAUUCAAGAGAUCUUAACACCUCCUCAGAGGUCUCUAAUAGCACCUGGCAUUAUCUGAAGAUUAAAAAUACUACAAGUCUUAGCAGUGGGACAUAUGCAUGCAUCAUAAGGUCACCAGUUAAAAAUGCUAACCAAACUAGUACAGUUACAUUAAAAGUAACAGACUGUCCUGAAGAUGCAAAAUUACAAAAAUACAGAACAGAACUUGUGAUGCUGUGCUCUCUUGGAUUUUUCUACUUGCUACUCAUCUUCUUUGCUUGUAUAUGCCUAAAGAAGGAUGGAUCUUCAGGUUAUCAAAAGGCCAGAGAAAAACACAUAGACAACAGUCGUUACCUCGUCAGUACCUGUUGAAAGGAUGGCUUCCAGUGCCCAAUAUGAAACAGCACCAGCAAAGAUAAACUUCUUCAAGGUUCUGUCCUAGCUGAUUUUGUUGAGUGCACUGGGGGUUCGUCAACAGUCAUUACUGCAAGACUAUUGGCUGGUAUGGACAUUUAAUGCACUGUUUCACCACAGAGUAUUCUGAAAGUUUUAAAAUUGCUCACUCCAGCUGGGGAAGUUUUCAGAGAACACAGUUUCAUUCACAGUUUUUCACUACAAUAUGAACUUUUAGCAUUAGCCAUACCAUUGUUCCGGAAGAUUAUAAACCUAAUCCUGGCAUCCUGUCUUGUUUAUGUAUCUUAAUCUCUUUUGAGUCUUUGUUCUUCAUAGGCAAAAAUGUGCUAUGGACUAGGCUUGGCCCCUUAACCUGGCACAUAAAUUAUUGAUUGAAUCAGCUCUUUCAAUAGCCACAGCUGUUGCAAUAUAUAUUUUAAGAGAAUAAUGCAUCUUCAAAUGAUCGAAUAGCCAAAUGAGAGGAAACGUCACUGGAACUGCUGUCUCAACUGUAGUGUUGAUAGUCUGCGUUUACAUGUUUAUCUACUGAAAAUUAUAGAGUACACAGAAAUGAUUUCUUAGACGAAUCUUCACUUAAAGAGAAGGUAUCUAAGUAUUACUAUUUUUAUUUUAUUUAUUACAUUUGCAUACUGCCCUUCAUCUGAAGACCACAGGGUGGUUCAGAACAUAAGAAUAUAAAAUGGAAAAACAAAAUACACAA